GGCCAAAGCCCUAAGAAACACAGCUCAUUGUUGGCAGCUGCCGGGCGGUCUUACUGAGCUGUGAGGGCAGCAGAGGGGAAAUAAAAGGGAACGGCUCCGUUUCUGCCCCAGCGGCCACUGCAAGACUUUGGUGCCGACAUCGCGACAGCGAGCGCCCUGCACACCAGAAAGGCCCCCUCUAUGUGCUGCUGAGCCGGUCCUGGAUCCGACGAUCCCGCCCUCGGUCUUCGGAGCAGAAAUCGCAGAGACGGAAGGACUGGAAAUGGCAGACCAUAUGAUGGCCAUGAACCACGGGCGCUUCCCCGACGGCACCAAUGGGCUGCACCACCACCCUGCCCAUCGCAUGGGCAUGGGGCAGUUCCCGAGCCCCCAUCACCACCAGCAGCAGCAGCCCCAGCACGCCUUCAACGCCCUAAUGGGCGAGCACAUACACUACGGCGCGGGCAACAUGAAUGCCACGAGCGGCAUCAGGCAUGCGAUGGGGCCGGGAACUGUGAACGGCGGGCACCCCCCGACUGCGCUGGCCCCCGCGGCCAGGUUUAACAACUCCCAGUUCAUGGGCCCCCCGGUGGCCAGCCAGGGAGGCUCCCUGCCGGCCAGCAUGCAGCUGCAGAAGCUCAACAACCAGUAUUUCAACCAUCACCCCUACCCCCACAACCACUACAUGCCGGAUUUGCACCCUGCUGCAGGCCACCAGAUGAACGGGACAAACCAGCACUUCCGAGAUUGCAACCCCAAGCACAGCGGCGGCAGCAGCACCCCCGGCGGCUCGGGCGGCAGCAGCACCCCCGGCGGCUCGGGCGGCACCUCGGGUGGCGGCGCGGGCAGCGGCAACAGCGGCGGCGGCAGCGGCGGCGGCAGCGGCAGCAACAUGCCCGCCUCCGUGGCCCACGUCCCUGCUGCAAUGCUGCCGCCCAAUGUCAUAGACACUGAUUUCAUCGACGAGGAAGUGCUUAUGUCCUUAGUGAUAGAAAUGGGUUUGGACCGCAUCAAGGAGCUGCCCGAACUCUGGCUGGGGCAAAACGAGUUUGAUUUUAUGACGGACUUCGUGUGCAAACAGCAGCCCAGCAGAGUAAGCUGUUGACUUGAUCGAAACCCCGGCAAAAAGAAUCAAACCCUCCCCACCCCGCCCCCCCAACUUCGGUGUGAAUUAAAAAAACAUUCCCUUAGACACAGUAUCUCACUUUUCAGAUCUUGAAAGGUUUGAGAACUUGGAAACAAAGUAAACUAUAAACUUGUACAAAUUGGUUUAAAAGAAUUGCUGCCACUUCUUUUUUUCUGUUUUUGUUUCGUUUUUGUAGCCUUGACAUUCACCUCCCUUAUGUAGUUGAAAUAUCUAGCUAACUUGGUCUUUUUUUGUUGUUUGUGUUUACUCCUUAGUUCCUCACUUUCUCCAGUGCUCAACUGUUAGAUAUUAAUCUUGGCAAACUGCUUAAUCUUGUGGAUUUUGUAGAUGGUUUCAAAUGACUGAACUGCAUUCAGAUUUACGAGUGAAAGAAAAAUUGCAUUAGUUGGUUGCAUGAACUCUGAAGGGCAGAUAAUACUG